AUGACCCCAAUUCCUACCGACUGGGCAUUGCACACCACAUGCAUUGCUGCUGACUUCGUUCACCAGCUCUUCGCUUGCCAUGUCGGCAAUCGGCAACCGUUGGCGUCGCCUCCAUUGGCACUGGAUGUGCCGACCAUGCUUGCUUGUCGGCAGUUAGCCCGAGUGCUUGCCAAUGCUUCCCAACAAUUGUUGGAGAAGCCCUCGGUGCUCAUGGAUUCCGGGGGCCGCAUCAUCUUAUGGUACCUUCUGGACACCAUUAGCCCAGUGGAUUCAAGCCAAGAUGGAAGCAGCCACGGUCGGGAUGGGCUACCUCCUGAAAACAAGCAUCACCAGUGGACAAGAGUCCAACUGGAGAACAUUCUCCGGUCAUUUUCACAUGAGCGAUUGCCACCUGCUAACCCCAGGAUGCAUCAACAUAGCCCCUUGCUGUGUCAGCCUUAUGGAUUCCCCCCCGCCGGUGGCUUCACCCCGGAGGUGUCGGCUACGCUGAAGGGCGAAGGUGGUCCGAAGGUCAUAAUAUCGAUGCAGCGAUCGGCACUCCUGGCCUCGGCGGCUCUUCGGGUGAUGCACCCAGAGUUGUAUUGGGCUUCGGUCACCACACAGAUGAAACUCACUCGAUGGGCUAUGGAAAAUGAGCUUGAUGGCAUAUCUACUCCAGAAGGGUUUGACGUCAUGACCAGUGUCGGCCAUUAUUGCGAUGGCUUCAUGACACUGUCCAAUCUCGGCAUUCAGUUGCAAUAUAACUCCGGUGCCAUGGUCGGCUGCUCCGGACACAUUGUCAGGCAUGGUGUCACAUUCAGGGGUGAUCGGUUCGUGUGGGCAUGGUUCAUGCGCGAUAGCCUUCACAAUUUUGUGGGGACACCUUGGUCAGAGUAUGCGAAAUACAAGGAUGUAGAUUGGGAUGUCUCAGUUUCAGCUUAG